AUGUCUGCAAAAAAACGUAAAAAUUUUUUAUGGUUCAAAUGCGAUUGUUGUAAUUCUAUUGUUUCUCAAAAAGACGCGUCAGCACACAAGGAAAAAUCUUGUCCUCCAAACUUUCAAAAAUGGAUACAUCCCUUUAUUAUAAACAAUUGUCUGUUUACUUCUAUCGAUGUUUUUCAUCCACAAGAAAAAAGUCUUCAAUUGAUUUCUAGCGAUGAGAAGGAUAAUUUUAUACUUUUACCUAUACACGUACUUCAAAUUUGUAAAAUUCCAAUAGGUGACCCAAUAUUAAUCAAGACUGAUAAUAAUAACACACCAUUCAUAAAAUCAGCUUGGCCAAUGAGCGAAAAAACUAUGAAUUUUACUGUGGCUUUGUCAAAUGAAGGUACAAAGUCAUUUAAAAAAAUUUUUCUCCAUCAAUUAAUAUUUAAAUGA